UGCCACCGUGUGUCGCGCAGCGGGACCUCCCGUCCUGCAGCGCAUGCAGCGCGCGACAAUCAAGUAAGUUGAAGGACACGAAUAUUUCUGCCAGUUAAGAGAAUUGCAAUGAAAUAGGAUGUCAUCUGUUGCAGCACUGUCACACACACGUUUCUUCUGUUAGCCACUCGUAGCCCUACUUUCUCUCUUCACUGGCAUACAGUCAAGGCGACAUCCAUACUCUAGUGCUAAUGUGAUGCUAGUAUAGUAGUAAUACUAAUAGUACUGGUGACUGGAUGCUGCUGCUGCUCUAUGCUCUUAGCAUGAUGAAUACUAUAGACAGUAUAGUGGUUGUCCGCAGCUCCGCAUCGUCCACCUGAAGAAACGCGCGUAAUAGUCACUCAUACCUGGUCAGCAAGAGUGGAAUGUCACCUACUCAUUGAACGUGUGUAGCUGCAUUGCUGACCCCGUGGUGGUGGUGGUGGUGGUGGUGGUGUAUGUUGCUGCUCCUUUCUGCAUCUCGCCACGCCAAUCCCGCUCGCCUUCAAGUAGAGCGCGUCAGGGACAGUGUCAGCUACGUACUGCUGUCUCGGCCAGGGCCACAGGCACAGCGCAGGUCAGCGUUUGCGCUCGCCCAGCAGCACCAGUGUCAUCCAGGAAGUAAGUGAAACUGGUGUCCCUGUCUCCCUCUUUCGACACAUCCUCACGGUCCGCCGUCAAGUACACAUUGACCUCGCUCUGACUGUCCCAGUGUCUGACUGGCAACCGCGCAGCAUGGAGCCAAGCACGGGCGAGGAGAACGAAGCUAGCCGCCAACCUGUGAGCCGCUCUGCAUCUGAGAGGUCAACAUCAUGCCCAAGAAAAGUAGAUGACGAUGCGGAUGAUGUGGAAUCCAUCGGGAGCAGCUGGAGCCACGAUGAAAAGAAAAGAGCUGCUCACUCAGACGAAGUUCAACUUCACCUUCGCCAGUGGAUGCAAACCCAUCUUCAGUACCCCUAUCCAAGUCGAUCUGAGAAAGAGAAGCUGGCAAAAGAAACAGGAUUGCAGUUCAUCCAAGUGGCCUACUGGUUUACUAAUGCCCGGCGGAGGCUUCUACCUGGCAUGAUCAAAGAAGAGAAUAUAAGACGAUCAAAGAUGGGUCUGCAACUGAUCAAGCGUGAUAAUAACAUCUGGGCUCGCCCAUUAAUUGUGAAGCCAACGGCCGAUGGUGGGCCUCAUGACUCACCAUUCCUUUCUAUUCAGUCGGGCGAGAAUGGCAUAGUGGAUGUAAAUGGGCAUGGUGGAGAGCAGCCUGCCAUGGCCAGUCCUGGAGCUCUCACCGCCAUGGGCAACCACCACAUGCUGUGGCAGUCGGAGCCAGCUCAGCAGUGCUUGCGAAAAAGCCUGGUCCUGCCGCUCAACUCGCCCCAAAAGCGACAGCACCCUGACACCAGCUCAGGCCCACCCAGGAAACUGGUAAAGGAGGAAGAUGAGGAUGGCGGGGCGACGCGUAGACCAGUUCGCUCCCUGAACUCAUCGCAUCACGGUGACAACCAGGUCAACAACAAUAGCAGAAGGAGUUCAUGCAGCAGUGGUGAUACAAGUGUGAAUAGAAAUGACAGUAGGAAAAGCGGCCAAGGAAUUCCCUCCUGCAGGUCCAGUGAAGUGUCUUCAAACCGAAGUUCCCUGUCCAUGGUCAAUCCAGCGAUGUUCUACGCACAGAGCACAAGCAUUGCUCCGCACCAUCUCUACGCUAAUACCGUCUACACAUCACCGGCAUCUAUCGGAGAGAACCCUGCAGUGACCGGACCACCACCACCACCAGCAGCAGUGCCAGGUGCCGAUGCCAGUGCUGCAGCUGCUGCUGUGCAGUACCUCCAGUACACGCCAAUGGCAGCACCUCACACCCAGGCGCCGACUGUCAUGCCGUCCAUGGUACCGGGCCAUACUGUACUCGUGCACAAUCACAUACCACCACCGCCCACGCCUCCAGCGGGGGCAGCACCAGCAGCAGCGGCGUUUGCAGGCAUCAACGGACAUCAUCAUCAUCACCAGCAACAUCAGCAACAGCACCAGCACAUUAUGCAGUCGCCAACACAGAUGAGCCUUCCACUGCACAAUGGAAUUACUCCUGGAAGCAAUCGUCUGUUACCACCACACCAGGCGAUGCCCGCCAUGCAGACAGCAGCUACAAUGCCUGGGCCUUUCGGAAAUGUUCUGGUACCGUCCAUGCCCGCCCAGACCAUGCCCCCUCAGGCUUAUAUCAACCAGCCAGUUUAUCUAGCACUGGCCAGAGGACAAUAGCAAAGUUAGUUUGGCACGAUGUCUUGAGCUGUGAAUCAAACUGACUGGUAACGCACAGUCUAGACUAGAGUGUAUGUGAUACAAGUCAGGAUAAAUUAUGCUUGGGAGUCACAAUUGCACAAGUGUUGAACAUAGACCAAUUCCUAGCUGUGCUCGAUAUGAUGGACCUUGAGAAAACAUCGCGGGAACUUUGAGCUGUUUGAGCUAGUGUUUUCCUCUAUUUUAUAAUAAUACCUUUUUGUCUUGAUAGUUGAUACCUUUACUAACAACGUUACUCCUGUGAAGACAGUGCGGACUUAAUAACGGCCAAGAUAUGAUUAUUCAUGUGCUGACAUCAUACCUGCAUAUCCGUGUAUAUCUCAACGACAUUCACUCCGCCUGAUGCUA